ACUUUAUUUGGUAUUUCCUUAAAACAUGUAUGCUAAUAUCCUUUGGAUUUAUUUCCCUCUUCCUCUUUGGCUAUCUCUCUCAACCUUUCAGAGAUAGAGAUAGAGAUAGAGAUAGAUUUGUGAUGUGAUUAAAUUGGCAACAUAAUUCACAUGAGGCUUACUGCACAUUUCUUUUUGAUUUGUGCAUAACGCUUUGUGUCUUUGCAUAUUAAUGUGCAGGCUAUCAAGGAAUGGAAAUUUCUAGUGGGUCAUCAGUCAUAAGCAAGAAAUAUCCAAUGUUACCUCCAAGAAGCCCUUUCCAAGUGAUUGUUUCACCCCAUUCUGAUUUCAUUUCUAGCUCUAUUACAAACUCAAAAACCUCCACAAAGGUUGUAGGAGAGGUGCUCCAUUACCGCGCCUCAUCUGAUGGCUAUCUCCUAGAGCAACCUUCUUGGCUUGAUGACCUCCUUGAUGAGCCAGAUUCACCUCUAUGCAUUGCUCAUCACCGAUCUUCAAGCGACUCCGAUGCACUCUUGGGAUCACCUUUAACUUUUGAAACUGGCUUCGAAUGCCUCCUUCCACUUUCAGGGGAUACCACUGUAGAUCAGAUUUGUAAAUCAUCUUUUCCACAAAAAUCAGGAAGGAAUGUGCCCCCCAAAGCAAUGAAAAAUCAAGAAAGUUCAAAUGUCAGUGAUAGCUCUAUUGCUGCUACUGCCUCCAAAACAGAUUCCAGGCGUUCCAAACAGCAAUCUGCUCGAAGUGCACGUCUGCGGAAACUUCAGUAUAUAGCAGAACUAGAAAGGAGUGUUCAAAUUUUACAAGCAGAAGGAACUGAAUUUACAGCUGCAAUUCAUUAUUUAGACCAGCAAGUUCUCAUGCUGAAUAUGGAAAAUCGCGCUUUAAAGCAGCGUCUGGAUAGCUUGUCUCAGGAACAACUCUUAAAAUAUUUGGAGCAGGACAUGCUUGAGAGAGAGAUAGCUAGACUUCAAGUUCUGCACUGUCAACAGCAACAGCAGAACCAGAAGCAGAAGCGUCCUGCUCAUCGACAAUCCAAAAGUAGGGAAGUUGAAUUGCAAUUUGCUAACCUAUGCACAUAGAAUAGUACCAAGAAGGGGAGUUGGAUCCUAGCAACUUAGUUAGAGGCUCACUCUACACUUAGACUUCAGUAAACAAAAGAAGUCUGUUUAAUAUAAAUAAAUCCGAAUUUAUAUGUUUUUUUUUUUGUUAUUAUUACUGAUUUGGGACCUUACGUAAUAGGGUUCUAAUAGUCAUAGUAACUCGAAUUAUGUUGUUGUAGUUGUAUAUGUUUUACUUCAGUCCUUAU